AUGGUGGCGCCACAAUUCCCUGUUGCCCGCAAGUGCAGCGGACAGUCGACCACCCGCCCCGAGGACGAAGUAGAUAAGUUCACUACCAGUUCGUCAGUCUCCGACACACCUCCACGAUUCUAUCAAACAGUUGGUGUAGCGGAACAGCCGAGAUCGCCCAGUCUCGAGGGAUUCGAACCCACGAGCGAGCUGCCAGACUCGUCCCUGGACGAGACCCGACAGGGAGCGCUGGACACACUAGCACUAUGUCGUAAUGUCAUCACGACGCUCGAGUUGACGCGUCUGCGCAAGUCCCGAGUGGGCCUUUACAAUUGGCUCACGUUUUGGACUCGGUUUUACGGUCGGGAGAUGACGCAGUCGCUAAGCUCUCGAGUCAGCGCCGCGUUGUGCUGUAUUGACGCGCUGUUCCGUAGGGUCUCGCAGGACCUGCACCGAUUGACGCAGAACACCGAAGAAGUAGUCAUGGACGCCUCCUCCGAGCAAGCGAUCGUAUACAUUCUGGAGCAAAUGGAAGCCGAAGUGGAUAUCCAACGGAGAUGGAGACGGAGAAAAGCACGGCAUAUCCUAUGCAAGAUGCGGACCGACAUCGAGCUGAUUCCCGUCAGGGUGAGCGAUGAACUGUUCGACGACAUCAAGCGCGGCGUGUUUGCUCUGGACGUCUUUUGUGAUUACCAUCCGGGCGAUUCGAUCGCAGAAGAACAUGAUGCGGCUUGGUCGGAGCAAUUUGUCGGACUGUCGACCGAUGUCGUCGAGCUCUCCCCGUAUCUCGCCCACCAACGUUACCAGUCCGCGGCUGAGGGGUGGGUGAUGCCUCUGGGAUCGUUUACUGCGAAUAAUACCUCAUUUGAUUCUAUAGAGCAAUACUAUGCGUCUAACGGUAAUUAUGAAGUGUGGCGUCCUCAUCAAAGUCGUGCGACUCGUCGGUGGUGA